CUGCUGGUCGGGCUAAACGUCAUCGACGCAAACCUGUGUAUGAAAGGAGAGGACCUGGACUCUCAGGUCGGCGUGAUCGAUUUCUCGAUGUACCUCAAAGAUGGCGGACACAGUAGCAAGAGCGCAGAGGGAGACGGUCAGAUCACAGCGAUCCUGGAUCAGAAGAACUACGUGGAGGAGCUGAACAGACAUCUGAGCGCGUCUGUGAACAACCUCCAAGCAAAGGUGGACGCUCUGGAGAAGUCCAACACCAAGCUGACGGAGGAGGUGAGUCUUCAGCUUCUGGAACUGGAACUGAAAGUGAAAGAGGAAGUAGAAGUAGAAGUAGGAUUAGCAGUAGAGCUCGCUGUGGCCAACAACAGGAUCAUAACUUUACAAGAAGACGUGGAGAGAGUAAAGGAAGAGAGCUCCUACCAGCUGGAAUCCAGGAAGAGCGCGGACGCCAGCUCCAAACAGAAAAGCGACGCCAUCGUCCGAUUGGAGGAGAAAAUCAACCAGAUGUCAGGGACCAUAAAACAACUGGAGACCAGAUGCAAGCAGGCGGAGGGCGAGCGCGCGCUGGCCCUGGAGGCCAACCGGCUUUUCAAGCAGGAGUUCGGAGACAAGAUCGAGAGUCUGCAGACGGAGGCGGAGGGCGAGCGGGCGCUGGCCCUGGAGGCCAACCGGCUUUUCAAGCAGGAGUUCGGAGACAAGAUCGAGAGUCUGCAGACGGAGGUGGAGAUGCUGAGAAACCAC